AGCACAUCACACACUCGGAGCGGGUCGCCAAGCGCUCAGAGCCGCUCAUGAUGCGCAGGAUUCGGGCCAACGCCAUCCUCAUCCUCACCGUGGCCUGGAUCCUCGGCACCUUCUAUUACCUGUGGCAGGACAGCAAACCUUCCUCCUCCUCCUCCUCCUCGGGCUCCCAGCUGAAGAACCACGGGAGGCUGGAGGAGCGCACUCUUCCUCUGAUCGUAACUCAUGCACCAAAGCUGGAGCAGCAGGGUCAGCUCUUUGGCCAGUUUGAUGAAAAGGCUUUUCUAUCCAGUAAGCAGCUGAAAGCAGGUGAGGAUCCGUACAGAGAGCAUGCGUUCAACCUGCAGGAGAGCGACCGGCUCGGCAGCAAUCGCACCAUCAGAGACACACGCCACUAUCGAUGUGCCUCCAUGACCUUUGACCCUGACCUGCCACCCACCAGCAUCAUCAUCACUUUUCACAAUGAGGCGCGCUCCACCCUGCUGCGCACUAUUAAAAGUGUACUGAUGAGAAGUCCUCCUCACUUGAUACAGGAAAUUAUUCUUGUGGACGACUUCAGCUCUGACCCUGAAGACUGCCGACUUCUCUCUCAGAUCCCAAAGGUGCGCUGUCUGAGAAAUGAGCACCGGGAAGGUCUGAUCCGGUCUCGUGUCAGAGGGGCGUCUGCGGCGUCGGCCUCCAUCCUCACCUUCCUGGACAGUCACUGUGAGGUCAACACAGACUGGCUGCAGCCCAUGAUCCUGAGAGUCAAAGAGGAUCAUACGCGUGUGGUCAGUCCCAUCAUUGAUGUGAUCAGUCUGGAUAAUUUCGCCUACCUGGCCGCUUCUGCUGACCUGAGAGGAGGUUUUGACUGGAGUUUACACUUCAAAUGGGAGCAGAUUCCUAUAGAACAGAAAAUGGCAAGAAACGACCCAACACAACCAAUCAGGACUCCUGUGAUUGCUGGAGGAAUCUUUGUCAUGGAUAAAGGCUGGUUUAAUCACCUGGGCCAGUAUGACACUCACAUGGACAUCUGGGGUGGUGAGAACUUUGAGCUGUCGUUCAGAGUGUGGAUGUGUGGCGGCAGUCUUGAGAUCCUGCCCUGCAGUCGCGUGGGCCACGUCUUCCGGAAACGCCAUCCUUAUGACUUCCCAGAGGGCAACGCACUCACCUACAUCAAGAACUCGCGGAGAGCUGCUGAGGUCUGGAUGGAUGAGUAUAAACAGUAUUACUACGCCGCAAGACCAUCAGCGCAGGGCAAGGCCUUCGGGAGUAUUGCAGAUCGGCUUGCUUUAAGACGGAAGUUGAACUGUAACUCUUUCCGCUGGUAUCUUGAGAAUGUGUAUCCUGAACUCAAAAUCCCCGAGCAGGAAGCGGCGUACAGUCUCCUGAAGCAGGGCGGCCUGUGUCUGGAGAGUCACGGCACAGACAGUCUGGGUCUGGCGGAGUGUAAGACCACACCGAGCAUCCCUGCAUCACAGAAGUGGACUCUGAUUGAACCACAGAUCCGUCAGCAUGACCUGUGUCUGGCUAUCACAGCUUUCCCUGCAGGGUCAAAGGUCAGACUGGAGCCCUGCAACAUCAAAGAGUCCAGACAGAAAUGGAAGCCCAGAGGUCCAGCGCUGCAGCACAUGAUCAGCGGCUUGUGUCUGGAUAGCCAGCCUCCUUCAGGCCCGCCGCUCGUCGCACAGUGCCGCCCCCAGGUGGCCAGCCAAUCCUGGGAGCCGCAGCUGGUCACCUGACUCUGAGAGCUGGCAGGGAAGGCGGGGAAAGGGGAGGAGUUUAGUCAGGUUGCUGAGCUCCAGGUGCUGUAGGAGCCAGAGGAAAACAUUUGCACACUGUUUUAGUUGAAGGUGCUGCUCUCAAACCAAUCGAACAUGACCCUGUCCAAAACAUCUGACCUCAUAUCCUUAGCGUGGAAUAGCUGGAGAGGGAGAAGCGACAUUUCGCCUGCCAAAUCGAAGCCUGAACACGUUUUCGGACAAGGCCAUGGAGCUCACACGGCAUGGUGACAGGAGUGCUUUGUUGAAUGUUGUGUUAAGGACUAAAAAAAAAACCUCCCAAAAAAACAGAUAUGUAUAUAAAUGCCUUUGACUACCUUUCCGACCCAUAACCUGUAUAUUCCCUCAUUCUCACUGAGAGAUGAAGGUCUGAGUGGUUUCCGGGUGAUUUGUUCAGUAUUAGAUUGGGAUGAAGUGAGAUGAGUCUGCAUAUACGGUGGAAACGGUCAGCUCUAAGACGACAGUCAAAGAUCAGCUGUAGUGCACUGGUUUACUUGAAGAUGACGAUAAGAAGGACAGAAACGGCUCCAGAAAGAUCCACUGAACCCACGGCUAACAUCACAAUGAAAUAACCUAAUGUUUAAUCAAAAAAGCAUCGAGAUGUCACAUUAAAUGAGGUGUAAAGCGAUUUUAAUGAACUAUUAUUCUGCAUGGUACUGCACAAUGAAACGGCAUCUGCGAACAUGUCAAGCCCAAAGACUGUUUUUCCUCUUGUCUUAUUCAUUUGCCUUUUCAAACUUUGUAUUUACUUGAAGCAAAACCAUUUUUCAUUUUGAACAUGUGCUAGGAAGCAGUUAUGUUGUUUGAAAAAUAAAGACUACCACCAAACAAAAAAGGCAACAAUCCCAAAAAUCUUGAGUUUGUCUUUGUGUGCUACAGUAAAACAGUCACAAAGAGUCAUUGCAGUGUAAUUGCAGAUUGAAAACAGAAUGCAGUGAUAGACAUUUAAAGCAUUACAUUUGUAAAAUACAGUACAGUGUAUGAAUGAAAUGUAACAAAUGUAGUUGUAUUUUUGGAAAUGUAGCAUAAUAGUCAUUCAGUAUAAUGAAUUUAUACAGUAUAUGGGGC